CCUUGUCCUUUCCUUCUGAGGAGGAAAGUUUCUAAACACUCGAAAUGAGUGAAAUGGUACGCUCACACUUCUUAAAUAGUGAUAGAAUACGCGAAUACGUCUCAUUUGAAGAAUGAUGUUAACAUUUAAAGACAGAAAAGUGAAGCAGGGAAGGACUGGAACAAAAAAUGCCAGGGUGCAAGAUCACAUUAGCCAGAAAACGAAAGAUGAAGGGCAAAAAGCUCAAGAUCGAAUUGCCUCAUGUAAGACAGAAAACUGAAUGGGACUGCGGAUUGGCAUGUUCCCUGAUGGUGCUCCAGAAACUCCUAGGAAACAAGUUCGACAACGCGGAAUACGAAGAGAUCUGCGCCGGGAAGAAUUUUGGAACCAGUGUCUGGACCAUCGACAUUGCCAGCAUAUUCACUGAUUAUAAAGCGGACUACAUUUUCUGUACAAAAACUCUGGGUGUAGACCCGAGCUACGGACAGAACUCAUUUUACGAAGGGACGUUCAAUUUCGAUGAAACCAGAGUGAAUCGCUUGUUUACUCUCGCUCCGACUUUGGGACUGAAGGUCGAAAAACGGAGUGUCUCAUUAGAGGAAAUCAUUUCAAGAUUAUUAAAGGGCUAUGUUGCCAUAGUACUGGUCAACUCAAAUGCUCUGAUCUGCAACUGGUGUGAAGUCUUUUCUCCAAAUAAACUAAGAAUGCUCACCAACUGUAUAUGUCCGUCAAGUCAGAGUGACUACUGUGGCCAUUAUAUAGUACUGUGUGGAUUUGAUGCUGAAAAACGAUGUGUUUAUUACAAGAAUCCAUCAUUCAAUGAAGAUCUUUGCUGUGCAAAGUUUGACAUGUUUGAAACAGCUAGACACAGUUAUGGAACUGAUGAUGACAUUGUAUUUGUUAAAUUAGAGGAACCUGAACUUAUGAAGGAGACAUUUAUCAAUGGCGAUGACAAAAUAUGAGUUCUGUCAAGAAGUUUCAAAUAAAUCAGAUUUAUUUUUCUUAAUUUAUACAAAAAAAAUUCAUGCUUUCGAAAUUUGGAGGCAAUAAUUCUGAUUAGUAUCACCACUAGUGGACUAAUGCAAAUCCUGCAUUUUAAUUGGCUGCGCUACUAAAGGACUAUUAGUAAUAGUCCUCGAGUGGCGAUAUUGGCGUAAUCAAGCGUGAUGCUUUCUUUCGUUUUAUUCCCAAAUAAAUAUUUCUUCAACUUGCAUUUGCUAACUUUAUUAUUGCCUUUUCUG